AAAAGGUCCUGGGCAUGCCGCCCUUCAUGGCGGACUUCCUCAUGGGUGGUGUCUCCGCCGCUGUCUCCAAGACUGCUGCCGCCCCCAUUGAGCGUGUCAAGCUCCUCAUCCAGAACCAGGAUGAGAUGAUCAAGAACGGCCGUCUCGACCGCCGCUACGCCGGUAUUGGUGACUGCUUCAAGCGUACCGCCGCCGACGAGGGUGUCAUGUCCCUGUGGCGUGGUAACACUGCCAACGUUAUCCGAUACUUCCCUACCCAGGCCCUGAACUUUGCUUUCCGUGACAAGUUCAAGAAGAUGUUCGGUUUCAAGAAGGAGCGUGAUGGCUACGGCAUGUGGAUGCUCGGUAACCUGGCCUCCGGUGGUGCUGCUGGUGCCACUUCUAUGCUUUUCGUCUACUCCCUGGAUUAUGCCCGUACCCGUCUUGCCAACGAUGCCAAGUCCGCCAAGAAGGGUGGUGAGCGCCAGUUCAACGGUCUUGUUGACGUCUACCGCAAGACCCUCGCCUCUGACGGUAUUGCCGGUCUGUACCGUGGUUUCAUGCCCUCCGUCGCUGGUAUCAUCGUCUACCGUGGUCUCUACUUCGGCAUGUACGACUCCAUCAAGCCUGUUCUCCUGGUCGGUUCCCUCGCCAACAACUUCCUUGCCUCUUUCGCUCUCGGUUGGUGCGUCACCACUGGUGCCGGUAUCGCUGCUUACCCUCUUGACACUAUCCGACGACGAAUGAUGAUGACUUCUGGUGAGGCCGUCAAGUACAAGAACUCCUUCGAUGCCGCCCGCCAGAUCAUUGCCAAGAACGGUGUCAAGUCUCUCUUCAACGGUGCUGGUGCCAACAUUCUCCGUGGUGUUGCCGGUGCUGGUGUCCUGUCCAUCUACGAUCAGCUCCAGAUCCUUCUCUUCGGAAAGGCCUUCUCCGGUGGCUCUGGUUAAAUUGCUUUUUCUACGUUCUGUAUAGACAUUCUCCGGGCGUCUCAACGCGGAGAUGGGGUUAAUUGGCCAGGUGGGUGUAAUGCGGCGUCCACUGGUUGAUCAAAAAGGAGACCGGAAUGGAAGGUAUUGAGGGAAGUUGGGCCAGAUAUCCCGACCUGUGUAACAGUUGCUAUUUGCGGGUUAGACUGGCAUGGGCACGGC